CAGUUGUUUGAGUCUUUUCCAUGUUUGUACAUAUUUGCAUGAAGUUCAAUGCUUCUGCUGUGUCCAGUGUUAUCAGGUCAGUGUUGCACUGUUGACUUCCUGUUGUAGCAUCACACCUACGUUUUUACUGUAUUUGGUUAGAUCUGUUCAUGGGCUAUUUCCUGGUCAGACGACACGCGCCUACAUCUCAGGUAAGUCGUUUAUACUUUAUUAAAUGUACAGUGUGCCUGUAGUCUGUCUAAUCUUACAGUAACUGUUUUGCAGUGCAAAAAUUGUAAAGGGAUAAAAUGAGAAUCUUCGCUCAUCAAGUAGAAGUCUGUGUUCUUAUAUCAGCUGCUGUGAUGUUGAUGUACGGCUGUGCAGCACAAGAAUAUUUCUUCAUGAGUAGACUUGUCACCUGGGAUGAAGCCAGGAACCACUGCAGGGUCUGUUUUAAAGACCUGGUAACUCUGACCCCAGAAAACAUCCAGACCAUUGCCAAGAAUCUGACCUCUGACUCCUGGGUUGGCCUGCGAAAGCAUUUCUAUCCCGAUACCAAUUUUACCACUUAUUUCAGUGCUCUCUCCAGAAUGGCCUGGACUCGCUGGGCCAACGGAGACCUCCUUACUUUUCAGAAUUGGUAUCCUGGACAGCCUGUAGUGAAGUCCCCCAGGCGCAGCUGCUUAGCAUCAACUACUGUGCCUGACUCCGGUUUAACCAGUGUCCCCGACCCAAGUGUGACCAACAUCACCAGUGUCCCCGUCCCAAGUGUGACCAACAUCACCAGUGUCCCCGAUCCAAAUGUGACCAAUGUCACUAGUGUCCCCGAUUCAAGUGUCACCAGCGUCAGCAGUGUCCCUGAUACAAGUGUAACCAGUGUCCCUGAUCCAAGUGUGACCAGUGUGCCUGAGUCCAGUGUAACCAGCUUACCCAGUGUCCCUGAUCCCAGCAUAACCAGUGUCCCUGACCCUAGUGUGACCGGCGUCACCAGUGUCCCCAAUCCAAGUAUGUCCAGCAUCCCUAGUGUCCCCGAUUCAAGUGUGACCAGCGUCAGCAGUGUCGCCGAUCCAAGUGUGACCAAUGUCACUAGUGUCCCUGAUACAAGUGUGACCAGUGUGCCUGAGUCCAGUGUAACCAGCUUACCCAGUGUCCCUGAUCCCAGCAUGACCAUUGUCCCUGCCCCUAGUGUCCCUGAUUUAAGUGUGACCAGUGUCCCCAGUGUCCCCGAUCCAAGUGUGACCAGUGUCUCCGAUCCAAGUGUGACCAGUGUCCCUGAUACAAGUGUGACCAGUGUCACCAGCGUCCCUGAUACAAGUGUGACCAGUGUCACCAGUGUCCCCGAUCCCAGUAUGUCCAGCAUCCCUAGUGUCCCCGAUCCAAGUAUGACCAGUGUCACCAGUGUCUCUGAUACAAGUGUGACCAGUGUCCUUGACCCCAGCAUCACCAGAGUUGCCGAUCCUGGUAUGACUAGUGUCCCAGAUUCCAGUGUGACCAGUGUCACCAGUGUCCCCGAUCCCAGUAUGUCCAGCAUCCCUAGUGUCCCCGAUCCAAGUAUGACCAGUGUCUCCAGUGUCUCUGAUACAAGUGUGACCAGUGUCCUUGACCCCAGCAUCACCAGAGUUGCCGAUCCUGUUAUGCCUAGUGUCGCUGAUACAAGUGUGACCAGUGUCACCAGUGUCCCCAAUCCAAGUGUGACCAGUGUCACCAGCAUCCCCAAUCCAAGUGUGACCAGUGUCCCUGACCCCAGCAUCACCAGUGUCGCCGAUCCCGGUAUGACCAAUGUCACCAGUGUCCCCAGUCCAAGUGUGACCAAUGUCACUAGUGUCCCUGACCACAAUAUCAUCAACACAACUGGUCUUGACAUGUCCAGCACCAUGGGCAGAUCCCCGUCCACAGAAGCAGACUCCUUGUGCUCCCACACAGACCCAGAAGAAGAGGAGGACUACAUUGAAGACUCCUGUGUGGCCAUGCUGACCUUUGGAGCUUGGGUUGAAAUAAGCUGUUCAGAGCUGUUGUCUUUCAUUUGUUAUGAAGAAAGUUAUUUGACCCAUGUCAACGUGAGUAGUGUGACGACCAACAGCGCUUCUGUCACAUGGCUGCCGGGGCCUGAUGGUGUCACUCAUUACCGCGUGGAUGUCGAAGGUGACAUAAACAUGUCGUACAAUCACACUAAUUUGACCUGUGACCUGUUCAACCUGACAGCAGGGACCCACUACUCUGUCAAGGUGUUUCCUGUGAAGUGUUCACGAGAAAUGACCCAACAGAAGGUCACCUUCUACACCAAACCCAACAGGAUCAAUGGCUCGUCAGUGUCGCUUUUAGAAACUGGGGUCGCUCUGACGUGGCACAGACCUGAAGGGAACUUAAAUUUCUAUCUCGUCAUGGAGGGCAAUAACACGAGACGGACUGAAUCUGAGGGCAUUGAGUUCAACGAUUUAAAGCCCGGAAAACAUUAUAUUUUCAAAAUUGUUACUGGAGUUAAUGGCAGUACAACCUGGAGUGAUGAGUCUACCAUUGAAACGUACACAAGGCCUGGUAAAGUGUCUGGUCUAAACUUGUCUGAGGUUACCGACAGUUCCAUCCUGCUCAAAUGGAAUCUUCCAGAGGGUAGAGCCGACAUUUUCAAAGUGGAGGUCAUAGUUGAUCAACAGAUAUGGUUUAACCGUAGUGUUCCUCGCAACAAUUCUAUUACGCUGCAGCAACUGAGAGUGACAGGCCUGCGUCCCGGGAUCAGUAUAUUGUUCAAUGUAACUUCAUUAAUUGAGAGUGAAUUGUGCCUGAUGGGACCACCCGUGUCCAUUAAUGGCUACACAGCUCCUAGACCAGUUACAGAUCUACAUCUGGAGACAACCAACAACUCCCUGAGCGCUACCUGGAACGGCACAUCCACAGCUGGUAACCAGCUCACCUUUGAUGUAGUGCUGCAGCUUGAUGGUAAAGUUGUUGAACAAGUGAACGAACUAAAUGUGACUCAGAAGGUCUUUGAACGACUGAAAUCAGCGGCUAAUUACACAGUGGUUGUAUACAGUCGGAAUAAACGUCAACGCGGCCCUGCAGUCAAAUGUUCCAUAUUCACCUUGCCAACUACACCACCUAGUGUUGAAGUUGUUUCUUCAAACAAGUCCCACAUCGAAUUUAAGUGGACGCCUCCUGAAAACACAGUAAACCCCUUUUUCUUCAUCAGCCUCAGUUCCAGCUACUGGGGCCAACACUGGAACAAGUCUUGGAUUAAUACCACAGAGUACAGGUUCGAAAACCUGAAAUCAGGAACCAAAUACCAGUUCGAAGUUCAAACCAUGACAGAUACAAGGAAGAGUUCUCCAAAACGUGUCUCAAAGUUCACAGAGAUGGCAGAGGAAAUGGAAGUUAGUCUCUCCAUGAUGUGCUCGUCCCCUGAACCUCUCCUCUGUGACAAGGAAGCUACGAAGGAUGGAGCGUUUAAGCAGCUAAAAGAGCAGUUAACCAAGGCUUUGGGGGACAGUGUCACCUGGAAACUAGAGAGGCAGAACUACAACGGUGACUGAGAGCAAGCCCUUUUCUCCUUUCAUGAACAGUUUUGUAAAAGCAGUUGGAAACCAGUACUAGAGGUAAAUCUGCAUGGUGUCCGACUUCUUUUGAGUGUGUUGAUGGAACCACUCUGUAAAAAGGUUUGAUGUUUAACAAGUACAAUUAAAUCAAAGAAGUCAAAGAAAGCAAUUAUUUCUUAGGUGCAAAUGCAUAUUUUUAGAUUUGAUUUUUAGAUUAGAUUUCAACUUUAUUGUCAUGACACACGUGUAAAAUGUUGACUUUAUUGGUCUAAUAUAUAAUAAAAAAUAUAAUGUGAG